AUGAUUCAUUAUGAAUUUUGGAUACUGCUGCGUCCAAGGGCUCUUGGUGCAAGUUUAGGAGCCGCGAGAACAAAAGAUGCUUCGGAGAAUAUCUAUGCACGACAACAUUUCGUCACUUGCUGUAAAGCAUUUGGCCUUCAAGCCAUUGAUUCUGUUUAUAUCGAUAUCGAGGACAAGGAAGGCCUGAGGCAGCAGUGUGAACAAGGACGUAACUGGGGCUUUGACGGCAAGCAGACAAUACAUCCGAAACAAGUGGAUAUUGUACAGAAUGCAUUCUUGCCUUCAAAGGAAAGAGUUGACUGGGCACGCACGCUAGUGGACAAAUUCGAAGAGCAUCAGAAGGCUGGCAGAGGAGCUUUUGUCUAUCGUGGCCAUAUGGUUGAUCGGCCGCUGUUGCUUCAAGCGCAAAAAAUUGUCACACUGAUGGAACGCAUCAAUGAACGCCUGUGA